AAAACGUCCUCACCACCAGGGAAGAAGCAGUAUAUAAGCAGUAUAUUAGCACAGAUUCUGUCUAUGCAGUGAUUAGUAGCUUGUAAUUGUGGAGCCGAGGCAAAGCUGGUGAGUCCAACAUGUCUGUGCUCAACCCAACUCUUCUGCUCUGUGUGUAUGGCUUCUUUUCCAAUCUCCGGCCGUUGGAGCCUUUCAUCACCGCCUACCUCAUGGGACCAGACAAGAACCUGACAGAAACUCAGGUUGUCAAUGAAAUCUAUCCAAUUUGGACGUAUUCCUACCUGGUGUUGCUGUUUCCUGUCUUCCUAGCCACUGACUACCUCUGUUAUAAGCCUGUAUUGGUUCUGCAGGCCAUAAGCUUAGUAGUUACCUAUGCUAUGUUGCUAAAGACACAAGGCAUGCUGGCCAUGCAGCUCCUGGAGUGUUUCUUUGGGCUGGCCACGGCCACAGAGGUGGCCUACUACUCCUACAUCUACAGCGUUGUGGAGCCUGCACACUACCAGAGAGUGACAGGUAUCUGCCGCAGCAUUGCUCUGUUUGGAUCUGCUGCUGGAUCUCUGAUUGGUCAACUAUUGCUCUCUGUGGCCAAAGUUCAGCUGGUCCACCUCGUCAUCAUCACUCUGACAUCAGCCGCUGUGGCCUGUGUUGCUCCCUGGUUUCUACCCAUGCCCAAGAGAAGCUUGUUCUUCCACAAGAGUCCAGGACCAGCAGAGGAGAGGCCACGCAAUAGUAACACAGCACUAUUGGAAAAGGCUGGGGAUUCAGAGAGUGAGUUGCCUCUAAACAGCCAGGAUGUCUCCCCAAUGUCCAGAUCCUUUAAGACAGAUAGCCAUUGCAGUGGUCUUUUGGAGGUGUUACGGAUACUGUUUGAUGACUUUGUGAAGUGCUACAGGUAUCAGCCCCUGCUUGCCUGGUCGCUGUGGUGGGCACUGGCUACGUGCGGCUACUUCCAGGUCAUCAACUACGCUCAAGCAUUAUGGGAGAACGUUCGUCCAUCCCACGACUAUGAAAUCUACAAUGGCUACGUAGAGACACUGUCCACAGUGCUAGGGGCUCUGGCAGCUCUUCUGGUGGGCUAUCUGCCUGUAUGCUGGGCUCUGUGGGGUGAGUUGGCUCUGUGUGCCCUCUCCCUGCUGAUGGCUGUGUGUGUGUUUGUCAUGGACACACUGAGAAACAUCUGGCUAUGUUACAGCUCAUACGUCCUCUUCAGAGCCAUACUGUACAUGUUGCUCAUUACUGUGGCUACAUAUCAGAUUGCAGCUAGUCUCAAUAUGCAUCGCUACGCCUUGGUGUUUGGGGUAAACACCUUCAUGUCCCUGCUGCUGCAGUCUCUCCUCACAUUGGUGGUGGUGGACUCAGCUGGCCUCGGCCUUGACAUUUUCACUCAGUACCUCAUCUAUGGCGGCUACUUUGCUGUAAUCUCAAUGGUCUUUCUCUUUGCUGGGCUUUGUAAAUUGGCCUACUGGAGACGCUCCAAACAAGAGGAGGAGGGCCUAGCCAACAGCCAAGCUUAAACAGAGUUAGACUCUCCUCCAAUCGGGGACAUCCUCUCAUGCAAAUAGGACAUACUGUACAUUAUUAUGAUAGAUGUUGUUUAGCUUCUCAGAUACUAAAGCACCAUAGGGGAAUAAGCACAGUGUCCCCACAAUGUGAGCUUCUCUAAUCUCUUCAACCACAUAGUUGUUUUCAUUGUACUUUUCUGUAUAAUGACUGCAGACUACUCACUGUGGCUUUCCCUUCACUUAUUAAA